ACAAUUAGGCCCCGCGUGGUGGCGCUGAGUCGUCCACUGAUGGAAAAAUCAAAAUCAAUCCUGGAUGUUUUGAGAGAAGAAAGUCGAUAUUCUUUCUUAAAAUGAAGCUUAUAACGCAUAACAUGUUGACAUCGAAUAUCAUUAAAGGUGUUACUAAAGGUUACCCACUGAAAAUUGUGGCCAAAGAAAUUGAUGUGAAAGAAGAAGAGUUCAACUCUGAAGCCAUAGCGCGAUUGAUCCCACGCAUUGAAUGGCAAGCUCUCUAUCAAGCUGCGGAUAGUAUUGGACAUCUCGGUGACCUUCCUAAAGAACCUGUGGAACAUUAUGGAACUUGUGAGGAAUUCUUAAAGAAAGCGCAUCAUGUUUUAUUGGAGGUCGACAUCAAGGAGGGAGAACUGGUGUGUCCGGAGACAGGGAGAAAAUUCACAGUACGGAACGGUAUUCCAAACAUGCUCUUACAUGAGGAUGAGGUAUAGUGGGGUAUGUGGGGGGGGGGGAAGAUGUGUUCAGUGACUUACCUAAGACAUAUUGAAGGACAGAAAGUAUUCAUGGAUGUAUGAAUGUGAGCCUUUUUAGUGGUUUCCGAAAUAACCAUUUAAAAGGAUUUCGAAUGACACCAUGUGCAGUGGAUGAGGUUAGUGGGGUCAGGGUCACAUAAACUUAGUGGAUGAGGUUAGUGGGGUCAGGGUCACAUAAACUUAUAACUACCGUUUUGUACAAGUGGAAAAUAAAUGUAAAAUUUUUGUAAAAGUA